CGAAAGUUGGAUUUGGCUUGUAAACAGUGUUAAUAGCAACGUUAAAAAGUGGGACGAAAUGUUUUUGCAAAAUAGAAAUCCAUGGUGCGUAUAAAAAAGAUUCGCUUGUUAACAUAAUCAUACAAUACUGGAUUUGGGAUUUUGUAAACAACAUUAUAAUGUUAGAAAGUUUUAAUAGGUUUUCUGUUGGUGCCUGAAAAAAAGUUAAAAUUGAAAACAUCUCAACUUAAUGUCAUAACUACUUUCGCUACAGACGCUAGCGAAGUCCAAAGAUCAAUGACAAUCUAAACAUUUACAUUUUUGACCGAUACUUAGUAACAUAUAUUUCUAGUGUUUAUUUAUGAAGUGUUGCGUAUCGGCUGUGAAUAAAAUAUUGAAUACUGUACGCCAUGCUAGGGCUAGCUGAUAUAGCAACAUGGGCUUUCUCUUCGAGUUGGAGUGGUCCACUCUUCGUGGGUCUAGUGACGUUACUCAUCACCUGGUAUUUCCUCUCCAAUCGAUCACUACCACCGGGACCCAUUCGAUUUCCGCUCAUCGGAAGCGUUUGGUGGUUUGCUCUACUUUCGUUUAGGAAAAGCCGACUUCCGGUAGCCUUGUUCAAUGAAUGGAAACGUUAUGGUGACGUUGUGCACAUGAGCGUCGGGAACAUUAACAUGGUGUUUUUAAAUGGCCACGACGCAAUUCACGAAGCGUUCGUUACGCGCGCAGACGACUUCUCUGACCGACCGGAAUGGGUGUUCAAGGUCCCUUACAAAGGUCUGAUUUUCGAGAGCGGAGCAGCUUGGAAAAAUAUGCGCAAGUUUACGUUUCAGGCAUUGCGGGAUUUUGGUGUCGGGAAGGCUUCUUUAGAAGAAAUCAUUUUGAAGGAAGUGGAUUCCGCAACGGACUACCUCAGUUCAACAAUCGGCGAACCUACUUCAUUAAGAGAUAUGACGUCAAUGAUGGUCACCAACGUCAUAUACCAUAUCAUUUUUGGUAAAAGAUUAGAAUUCCACAGUCAGGAGAUGCUGGACGUGUUAGACAACAUGGGAAGGGUGCUGUUGGAAGGGGCCCCCAUUGACGUAGUACGACUCGUCCCUAAAAGUGUAUUGAAGCUCGUCGGAAAUAAGCAGCGCAAGCCUGACGGAUACUUCGAUAAAUCCGCUACCUGGAUAUUCAGCCACAUCAACGGCCAUAUCGAGGAGCACAGGAAAACGUACGACGGAAACCAUAUCCGGGACUUUAUCGACCUCUACUUGAAAAAGGAGAUGGAAGACAGCAAUACAGACUCUUCUGGGAAUGAAGCUAUACAAUUGAGCACACUGCUGAGUACCAUUCUUGACUUGUUCAUUGCCGGGUCCGACACGACCUCCAAUAGUCUCAACUGGUGUAUCCUUUACCUCCAAGAAUACCCGGAAGUACAGAGGAAGAGCCGCGAAGAGAUACACGAGAAAUUCGGAGAUCGAGCGAUAACGUGGUCUGACAGAGGAACUCUACCGUACACUGAGGCUACGUUACUAGAGAUACAGCGACUCGGAAAUAUAGCGGAAAUGUCCAUCCCCCACGUGGCAAAGCAGGAAGUGACGUUUCGCGGGUACCGGUUACCAGCGAACACAAUUGUCCAAGCUAAUCUGUUGUCGUCACAUCUCGAUCCAAGAUACUGGGAGAAUCCGACGGCGUUCUGUCCAGAAAGGCACAUUGAGAAUGGAGAAUUGAAGAAAAAUCCAGCGUUUACUCCUUUUUCACUCGGUCCCCGGAUGUGUCUUGGCGAGACGCUGGCUCGCAUGGAGCUCUUCCUGUCGUUCACCAACCUGCUUCAACGGUUCUCGUUCAGGCGGGAAGCCGAUCACGUGACUCACGCGUUCGACUGUAAGGACGGGUUUCUGAUACGAGCGCCGACACCAUACAAGACUCGUGCUAUCAGAGAUUGAUUUACACCAAGGCCGUAUAUUUUUACAGAUCGAACAACUAAUUUAUUAUGCAGCAAUUCUUGUUAAAACUAAAUAAGACGUUCUUCGUCAAUAUGUGUCUAACUAAAAAUUGUGUCAAAUACAUUCGAAAACUUAAGUAAACUACACAACAAAUUGGGUGCAUAGUAAUGAUUAUUCGGCUUCUUAUAUUUUACCACAGAAGAACAUUGUCAUAGGAUAUUUAUUAGGACGAGCCCCAGUCUACUAACUACGACGUCGAACAUUCCUAAGAUUUAACCCACUGUUUGCCGUAUUUUCUAAACGCUAAAAAACCCCAACCAAUUCAAAGUUUGAAUGAUGUACGUUAUUAAGUGUAGGGCUAUUUCGUCAGGCUGUGAUUACGGAUAGAAAGACGCCAAUGGUGAAUCCGUUUUACACCCCCUAUCUACUUAGUAAUGUCAGGAUGAGGUAUAUAACAGGAAAAAGCCGACAUGUUUGGUGAUUGUAUUUUGCAAGAAAUAAAAAAACAAUAGCAUCACCCA